UAGUAACUCUUGCAUUUACAGAAUGACUGAGUUGCAAGCAGUUUUGUUAUGUGGGGGUUCGGGCAGUCGCAUGAUGGAGUUAUGCGAUGGCAUGUUCAAGUUUUUGUUGCCCAUAGCAGAUGUGCCUAUGUUUUGGUAUCCACUCAAUACACUGGUGAAUUCUGGUAUAAAAGAUGUCAAGAUCUUCGUACGAGAAGACGCGGAGGCAGAAGUACACCGACUGCUCAAAACACCGCUAUUCAGCUUCCCCUCAGCAUCUCUUGAAGUUGUCUCAAUAUCGCGUGAGAACGAAGACUGGGGUACAGCAGAUGUACUGCGACAUUAUUCAUCGAAGAUCACCCGCGAUUUUGUAGUAAUGUCUUGCGACUUUAUCACAGAUGCUCGUCUUCAGCCUAUGAUUGAUCAGUUUCGUGCUCACAAGGCUACACUCCUUUGCCUUCUGAGUGAUAUGUGUGCUACAGGUCCAGUUCCAGGACCAAAAGUCCGUCGAGGCAAAGGUCGGGACUUCAUUGCAAUGGAGGAAUCUACAAAUCGACUAGUGUACAUGACCUCUGAAGAGGACUUUGAUCAACCUGUCAAUGCAGAACCGUGGAUGAAUAAGUUUUCAAAUGUGAGCUUAACGGCUCGGUACGUGGACUGUCACGUGUACUUCAUGCGCCAUUCCUGCCUUGGAUUGAUAGCAAAACAGAAGAAUUUUGCAUCGCUCAAAGCAGAUUUUGUUCCCUACCUUCUAUCACAACAGUACACCAUGCCCGAAGGAGACCAUGAAGAGCCUAAAUGUAUGGCUUAUCUGCUUCCACAUGGUAAUGCUACUGUAGCAGCACAUGCGAAUAACUUGGGAGCCUAUUUCGAAGUUAACAAAUCGAUCCUGAAGAGCUUACCUCGCAUAUCACCAAAGUUAUACGUUGGUCAAGUUUUUGAUGGAAAAUCUACUGGCAUCCAUACCAAUGAAAGCCUCGUAGCUGAAGAUGCCAAGAUUGGCGAGCGGUCUCUGAUCAAGCGUAGCGUUAUCGGAUCGCGGUGCUGCGUUGGUGAAAAAGCCAAUGUUCAGGGCAGUCUUGUAAUGGAUGGAGCGUCGAUUGGGAAAGGUGCAAAAAUCACGCAAAGUAUAAUUUGUUGUGGUGCAAGUAUUGGUGACAACGCCGAACUCACCAGUGUUAUCGUAGCUAAGGAUCAGAAAGUCAGCGCACACUCAAAGUUACAAAAUGAGUUUGUUGACUUGGACGAUGAGGAUAAUGCAUGGGAAAAUGGCCUUUGAGGUUUGUUAUCUUCUUCCUGUCCGCCAAGACGCUGUCUUCGGUUUUGAUUAUUGAAUUCGAAUUCGUUUUCAUAAUUGGUCCCGCACUGUUUCCGGUAUUUACUUUGUUAUGUUUUUAUUGGGUAAAAACUUAUCGUAUGUCCAGUUUUGCGCUGCUGCCAGUCACCUUUUCCCAUUUGCUUGUAUUCGCGUAAAGCACCCCUGAAACAGCUAAGAUGUACAGUUACGGAUAAGCUAUUCUUUGUUGAUAUUUGUUGACGCUAUAAAGGGUUUCCUCAC